CAAUACAACGGCUUGACAACUGUCUGUCACUCUGUUUGCUGCAGUGAUGUGCGACAGAUGGACAGGAUAGACCACAUAGAUUUCAUGCAGACAAGAUUUAAGAAGGCGGUUCGCUGUGAGCAGAGCUGAGGGGGCUGGACCGUAAAACUUCACCGGCGGAAUAAACCAAAACACCUGCCACCGCGCAGACUUUCAACACACGGAGACGUGCAGCGUGGAGCUUACGUGACAAGAAGACCAACACAUCUUCUGUUUUGUAUUCAAAGUGGCAAACGUUGGAGAUAUUGUCACGAAACCUGCAAAACACAUCUUGACUUUUGUUGCCUUUAUCUCCUCAGCUGUCUAGAUAAGAGCUUAGAAGUAUCCUCGGGAAUUCCGUGCACAAACUGCAACUUUUAUCGCCGAUUUUUUGGACUGACUGACACGCCCCAAAAGUGGGAUUUCAAAAGGCUGGAGCUAUAAAGGCUGUUAUGUUUUUAUGAGAAUCUUUUGGACGGAUUUCAUAAUUUCAAUAAGGCACGAGCUGUGCUCACAGAGACGGUAAGGAAUGUAACGAUAAAAUCUCACCUGCGCCUCAAGACAUCAAAUACACGGAGCAGCAGACUGAAGGAGCCACAAGACCAGCGAAUCAGGUUGCCUGCGAAUGGGUCUAACUAUGAGACUAAUGGAAACGAGACUCCUACUGUUGCUGUGGGCUUUGUUUGUGUUUCAAGUGGCCUGCACACAUCGCUCCGCUCCCAGAGUACACCUGGCUUUUAAAGAACUAAUGGACACUCGAACAGCAAGGCCAUUUAGUUUCUCCUUCAACACCAGUGACUACCGGAUCUUGCAUGUUGACCCAGACCAGGGGCGGUUGUACCUGGGCAGCCGUGAAUAUCUGGUCUCUCUGGACAUGCAAAACAUCAACAAAGAGCCUCUUAUUAUCCACUGGCCGGCUCCAGCUCAAAGAAAGGGAGAGUGUCAGAUGACUGGGAAAGGCAGGCAUGGAGAGUGUGCCAACUUUGUGCGUCUAAUUGAGCCGUGGAACAGGACUCACCUGUACACCUGUGGCACAGGAGCUUAUAAACCCAUCUGCACCUUUAUCAACAGAGGCUGGAGGGCUGAGGAUUAUCUCUUCAGACUGGUUCCUGGAUAUGUGGACUCUGGAAAGGGAAAAUGCUCUUAUGAUCCAAACCAGGAAAAUGUUGCAGCCCUAAUUAAUGGAAACCUGUAUGCUGGAGUGCCGGUGGACUUCAUGAGCACCGAUCCAGGCAUCUUCAGGACCAUGGGGAGCCGCCCAGCUGUGAGAUCGGAGCAGUAUGACUCUAGGUGGCUGAAUGAACCUGUAUUUGUUCACAUGAAACAGAUUCCUGACAGCGCAGAGAAGAAUGACGACAAACUCUAUUUCUUCUUCCGUGAAAAGAGUCUGGACUCCGGGGCAGGAGCGAGUCCAAGUGUGCUGGCCAGAGUGGGCCGCGUGUGCCUGAAUGAUGAGGGCGGACAGAAGUCACUUGUGAACAAAUGGACGACUUUUCUGAAGGCCAGGCUGGUGUGCUCUGUGAUGGGAGAUGAUGGGGUGGAAACCUUCUUUGAUGAACUGAGAGACGUGUUUAUCCAACCCACCCAGGAUGAAAAAAACCCUGUGGUGUAUGGCGUCUUUUCAACCUCUGGCUCUGUGUUUAAAGGCUCAGCCGUGUGUGUCUACUCAAUGGCUGACAUCCGAAAUGUCUUUAACGGCCCUUUCGCCCAUAAACACGGACACAACUACCAAUGGACUACGUACACAGGGAAGAUUCCCUAUCCUCGUCCGGGAACAUGUCCAGGAGGCACAUUCACACCUGGGCUUAAGUCCACAAAAGAGUUCUCAGACGAAGCGGUUAACUUCAUUCGUGCCCAUCCUCUCAUGUACCACCCCGUGUAUCCCAUUCACAAGCGCCCCCUGGUGGUGCGCUCAGGUGUAGACUAUCGCUUUACUACUAUCUCAGUGGAUCAGGUGGAUGCUGUGGAUGGCCGAUAUGAGGUUCUCUUCUUGGGAACAGAUCGUGGUACGGUCCAAAAAGUUAUAGUCCUGCCCAAAGAUCCCACCACAAUGGAAGAGCUCACUUUAGAGGAAGUGGAAGUUUUCAGGACACCUGCUCCUGUCAAAACAAUGUACAUAUCAGCCAAAAGGCAACAACUGUACGCAUCUUCAGAGGCAGGUCUUACCCAGAUGUCCUUGCACCGUUGUGGAGUGUAUGGAAAGGCCUGUUCAGACUGCUGUCUGGCCAGAGACCCCUACUGCGCCUGGGAUGGAGAAAACUGCUCUGCGUUUACACAAGCCACCAAAAGGAGGAGCAGAAGGCAGGAUGUUAAACAUGGUGACCCUUUGCGUCAGUGCCGGGGCUACAAUGCCAAAGUGGAGAGGAGACUGCAGGAGAAAGUUCAGUUCGGCGUGGAGGGUAGCAGCACAUUUCUGGAGUGUGUGCCACGCUCUCCUCAGGCCACUAUCAAAUGGCUCUACCAGAAGGAGGGAAGACGAAAAGUGCUGAAUCGAGAGGGGGAGGUUCUUAAGACUCCUCAGGGGGUCCUUCUGAAAACGCUCACCAAAGCAGAUGCAGGCCUCUACCAUUGCCUGGCCACAGAAAAUAACUUCAAGCACACGCUGGCUCGUGUUUCCUUGCGUAUCUUGGACCGGGACAUCGCCGUAGCCCUCACCACCCCUGAUGAGGAGGAAGAGGCAUCGAGGAGGCAUCACAAAAACCAUCAACAGCACCCUGUACCUCCUACCCCAGCACUCCUGCUGGAGCCUGAAAUGCGUCUGAUUCAGCAGUACUGCCAGUCCUACUGGGAGCAGCUGACGGCCGGGGGAAACUCACAGGCUGACCUCCCCAAACGUGCAUAUCGUAGACACACAGAAGCACUGAAGGCUAGUGGGGAGUGAGGAGGACAGGAAAAGAGUUACCUGUCUGUCAUCUUGUUCCGAGCGGUUCGUGGACUUGCAUAGGUUAGUUCAUGCGAAGUGACACCAAAAAGUAUUUGGACAAUUUUGGACCAUUUGGACAAUUUUGGACCAUUUUUGGACAGUGUUCAAAAUGACAGCCAAAAUGAAAAUGUAUUCAUUUAACUGUACCUGCAUAGGAUAAUUAUUAAACAGUGGCCCCAAAAAGUAUUUAGACACUAUUCCAAACCAAUAGUAUUUUGGAUGCUUAAAAAUACAUUACAGUUUUCAAAAUGAACCUAAUUAAUUAAAUUAAUAUAUUUAUGAACAGUGGCUCCAAAUAGUUUUUAGAGAAAUUACUUAUGAAUUAUUUAUGAAUACAUUUUCAUUCAAAAUAAUUUUUAAAAACGUUUCUUAAACAUUGUCCCCAAAAUAUGUUUUGUAUGGAAGCGCAUUUCUACCACUGAAUAAAAAAUAAAAAGAAGGUAACUGCGACUUUUUAUCUCACAAUUCUUAAUUUUUUUCUUACAAUUGCCUGAUACAAACUCACAAUUCACAAUUGUGACUUUUUUUUCUCAGAAAUGCAAGUUUAUAUCUCACAGUUGUGACUUUGUGAUAUAAACUCACAAUUCUGACUUUAUAACACACAAUUGCAAAUUAUUAAGUCAGAACUGUGAAAUAUAAACUUGCAAUUCUGAGAACAUAUUAGUUUUUACUGAUCAGAAUCGUUUUUACCUUCAGAAUUGGACUUUGUAACUCACAAUUGUGAUUUUAUAUUUUUUUUAAAAAAGUCAGAAUUCAUUGAAAAAAGUCAGCAUUGUAAUAUACAAACUCGCAGUUCUGAAAAAAAUUGCAAUUUUAUCACAUUUAUGAGUUGAUAUCAUGCAAUUCUAAGAAAAAGUCAUUGAAAAACAUGCAAGUUUUUGUCUUGCAAUUCUGACUUCAUAAAUUGCAACUGCUCAAUUCUGAGAGAAAAAAGUCAGAAUUGUGAGAUAAAAAGUGGCAAUUACCUUUUUUAUUCUUUAUUCAGUGGCAGAAACGGGCUUCCAUUAAAUUCCAUUCCAUUAUUAAAUUCAAGAACAUUCACACCAAAAAUAAAAUGUCCAAGUCCUUUUUGGGGUUAUUGUAUGUAAUCAUACAUUCAUUGUUCAUUUGUUCACUGAUCCAAAAUUUAUGUACGUGACCAUUCGUCUGCUGUACUGGGAUUGUAGUCGGUGUUGAUUUAGGACUUACCGUUUCCACUCGCCACAGUAAUUUUCCUGCAUUUCAGUAUUAUAAACCGGUGUAAACUUUUACGAACCUCACAAAUGAAGCUGUAAAUGACCGUCAGGAUUCAGUUAUUACAUACUGGCAUUAAUUAUACUUAAAUACAUCAACCAAUGAACCAUGAAGCACCUUUAAAGAGGAUAUUACCUCACAAGCUUUGAAAACGUUCCACUAUCCUGUCGUCAGAAAAA